CUAAUAAAUCGGCAAAACUUCACGCUAGAGCGGCGUGCUUAGCAUAAUUACAAAAAACUAAAUAGAAACUACCAAAAUAAUGGAUGACGAGGCGGAAACUUACAAACUCUGGCGUAUACGAAAGACGAUCAUGCAACUGAGCCACGACCGAGGCUACCUUGUGACCCAGGAUGAAUUGGACCAGACUUUGGAGCAGUUUAAAGAAAUGUUUGGCGACAAGCCGAGUGACAAACGUCCGUCGCGGUCCGACUUAAUCGUGUUGGUGGCCCACAAUGACGAUCCCACUGACCAGAUGUUUGUAUUCUUCCCCGAGGAGCCCAAGAUUGGCAUCAAGACCAUCAAAACAUACUGCACCCGCAUGCAAGAGGAGAACAUCCACAGGGCCAUCGUCGUGGUGCAGGGCGGCAUGACGCCCUCGGCCAAGCAAUCGCUAGUGGAUAUGGCCCCUAAGUAUAUUCUAGAACAGUUUCUGGAGUCUGAGCUGCUGAUCAAUAUAACGGAGCACGAGCUGGUGCCAGAGCAUGUGGUAAUGACAGCGGAGGACAAACAAGAACUACUCAGCAGAUAUAAACUAAAGGAGAACAUGUUGAUGCGCAUCCAGGCAGGUGACCCCGUUGCCCGCUACUUCGGCUUGAAGCGCGGUCAAGUUGUGAAGAUUAUACGUUCGUCUGAGACAGCGGGCAGAUAUAUAUCGUAUAGAUUAGUAUGCUGAGUUGCGCUAAUAACUGUAAUA